GGAUCGAGGUGGAAGAGCAGGGCGGCCGCAGGUCGGUGUGGGGCGUGUCGCUGGGCUGCCCCGUGGACGCUCCACUCGAGGCUCCUUUGGAGGGCCUCUACGGCACAGGCAGCGAGGCGUAUGGCGAAGGUGCCGAAGCCGCCGAUCCGACGGACUGGUGGGAGCCGAUGGAGCCUGAGGGCUACGACGUGCCAGAGCAGCCCCUCGAGGCGGAGUUCGUGGAGUCGCCGAGGGGCGGAAGCCGCUUCGGCGAGGCGGUGCUGGCCGCGGCCGCGGCCAGGUGGCGCGCCGGCGAGGAGGAGGG